AUGCUUGGAAGCAAAAUCUAUCAAAAGGCAUGCCACAAAGGCCAAGCCCUUAUUGCCCCUGAAGGUUACAAACCAGUAUCCGGCUCUGACGUGGACUACAACUGUACCUGUCCCUGGGCUAGAUACAGGAAGAGAUGUGAAUAUUAUGGUGAGUAUUAUUACUGGCCCUAUGAUUAUGUGGACUACAACUGCACAUGUCCCCCAUAUAAGUUCGGGAAGAGAUGUGAAUAUUAUGGGUGGCCAACUACCGAAAGCCCCACAAACGAAUCAGUAACACCAAUUUGCAAGGCCCAGGCAGACAUAAUUUUUAUCUUGGACGGAUCUGGAAGCGUCAACGCACCCGACUUUGCCAAACAACUACAUUUCAUCAAGUCUUUGGUGAGGAAAUUUGACGUUGGACCAAACGCGGUAAAGGUCGGCGUUCUGCAGUACUCUACCUACGCAGUGCAGGAGUUCAACCUUAACACUCACAGCACCGAGGCCGCCAUCCUAGCCGCCGUGGACAGGAUCAGGCAGAAGAGUGGUGGUACUAACACAGCCCUAGCUCUCUCCACCGCCCGCACCAGCAGUUUCACGGCUGCCAAAGGCGAUCGGCCAAACGUACCGAACCUCGUAAUCGUCAUGACCGACGGUAGAUCUAAUAACAUGGCGGCAACCGCCAGAGAAGCAAAUAAGCUGCGUAAUAUUGCGUCUGUGUUCGCAAUUGGAGUUGGGAGUAAUGCUUAUACUGCCGAGCUGGAGGCCAUGGCCACCGACCCGGAUAGCAAAUUCGUGUUUACUGUAACAGACUUCAGUGCCCUGUCAAAUAUAGAGACAGAGUUAGCCACGGAUGCUUGUGCACAGGCUACUGCAGCACCGCCAGGUAAGAAUAAAAGAACAUGGAUACAUGGAACAUCAAUCAAGGAAUACUUUCUUGAUAAAGUGUAUUUCCCCCACCUUACUCAUAAAAAUGGUACUGCUGUUUCAGUGAACCUUAACAUUUCCGUGAAUUGUGACUCGACAAACGGUAUGACUGUGGCGGUGGACGUAAAUAACAUCCAGUCUCGACUUGGUCCAAUGACUUUGACCUUGGAUGACAUCAACUGUGUUCCUGACCAAUACCUUGGCGGCAACGAAACCAGAGAUACGUUCAUCUACAGAAACGCCCUCGUACUCCGUCCGUACAGUAACUCCCUCAUCAACCGCGAGCUGCACUACAGGUACACGGUGGAGUGUGUGCUGCCGAGAUAUGGUGACGUAGGAGAGGAAUUCGUCGCUGAGGGUACAGUGUAUGGCAACCGAGCGUAUGUCGCUAAUGGCAAUUUCACCCUGAGAAUGGACCUGUACCAUUCCGAUUACUUCACCUCCCCCGUGACCAGUUAUCCCCACGUGGUCAGACUUAACCAGGACAUGUAUGUGGACGUGGCUUUACUGACACUGGACGUUAAUCUUAAGGUGGUCCUACAGAACUGCGUGGCGACGCCAAAGGCUACGAAGGGCUAUCCACAAUACGCCCUCAUUAGCAACAAAUGCCCAGACGACCCUACGGUACGCUUCUAUCCCUCUAACGACACGCAUGCGCAGUUUGCUGUCAAGGCCUUCGAGUUCUUCAACGAUCCAGAAGUGUACCUCCAUUGUGACGUCAUCGUGUGUAACGCCACUGACCGGGACAGUAGGUGUCUGCGGCCCAGUGAAGGGUACGCCUGUCCACAAAAUGGCGGCAGGGGGAAGAGAGCGGUACCUGGUGACGUAGAGGUGUACAGCCUGGUGCAGGGACCCGUGUUCGUCCAGAAGGAGAACCCCGUAGCAGAGUUUGCCGUAAAAGACGAAAGGAAGAAUCAGGAGGACAGCGAAGAAGUUGCCCAGGCACCGGCCUCGACUACACUUGGAGCCGGCGUCAUGGCUGUCAGCGCAUGCGUUGUUGUCAUAGCAGCAGUGAUCGUAAUGCGCAAGAGCAGAUCAUCCAAUGCUGAUUACAUUCCAGUGAGAACCGAUGAAAUUUGA